AUGAUGUCGUUGCUACAGAAACCAGUCUCAAUGUUUCUCCAAGUCCUUUUUUAUCUCCUUCUAAUGAGCAUUCCUUCUUUCUUUGCCUUCCCUCCUAAUUCCUCUGCAACUUCAUUUGGUGCUGCCAAAUAUGCAGUUGCUGAAGGUAAUAAAGAAGCGGAGGCUCUCCUAAAAUGGAAAGCAAGUCUUGAUGACAACCACAACCAAUCUGUCCUGUCUUCUUGGGUUGGCAGCAGCCCUUGCAAGUGGCUUGGAAUCACAUGUGACAAUUCUGGAAGAGUCGCGGAUUUCAGCCUUCCACAUUUUGGUCUGAGAGGUACGCUUCAUAGUUUCAACUUCUCAUCCUUCCCCAAUCUUCCCACUCUCAAUCUCAGGAACAAUUCACUCUAUGGAACUAUUCCAUCCCACAUUAGUAACCUGGCCAAGAUCACCAAUUUAGACUUGUCUGAUAAUCAUUUCAUAGGAAAUAUUCCACUUGAGAUAGGAUUGUUAACAAGUCUUAACUUUUUGUACCUUUAUGAAAAUAAUCUCACCGGUUUGAUCCCAGCCUCUAUUGGAACUCUGAAACACCUAUCUGUUCUUUAUCUAUGGGGUAACAAACUCUCUGGUUUGAUACCUCCAGAGAUUGGAUCACUACAAUCUCUCAUUGACCUUGAAUUGUCGAGUAAUGAUUUAACUGGUAGGAUCCCUUUUUCUUUUGGAAAUUUGAGAAACUUAUCCAUUCUUUAUCUCUUGAAUAACAAACUCACUGGUUCCAUUCCUUCUUCUAUUGGGAACAUGACUAAGCUCAUUGACUUGAGGCUUAAUGAAAAUAAUCUCACCGGUUUGAUCCCAACCUCCAUUGGAACUCUGAAACACCUAUCUGUUCUCUGUCUAUGGGGUAACAAACUCUCUGGCUUGAUACCUCUAGAGAUUGGAUCAAUACAGUCUCUCAGUUUCCUUGACUUUUCGAGCAAUGAUUUAAUUGGUAGGAUCCCAUCUUCUAUUGGAAAUCUGAGAAACUUAUCAAUUCUUUCUCUCUGGGGCAACAAACUCUCUGGUUCCAUUCCUUCUUCUAUUGAAGAUAUGAGAAACUUAUCCACUCUCAAUCUCUCAAAAAAUAAACUCUCUGGUUCCAUUCCUUCUUCUAUUGGGAACAUGACUAAGCUCAUUGACUUGAGGCUUAAUGAAAAUAAUCUCACCGGUUUGAUCCCAACCUCUAUUGGAACUCUGAAACACCUAUCUGUUCUCUAUCUAUGGGGUAACAAACUCUCUGGCUUGAUACCUCCAGAGAUUGGAUCACUACAGUCUCUCAGUUCCCUUAGCUUGUCGAGUAAUGAUUUAACUGGCAGGAUCCCUUCUUCUAUUGGAAAUUUGAGAAACUUAUCCAUUCUUUAUCUCUUGAAUAACAAACUCAUUGGUUCCAUUCCUUCUUCUAUUGAGAACAUGACUAAGCUCAUUGACUUGAGGCUUAAUGAAAAUAAUCUCACCGGUUUGAUCCCAGCCUCUAUUGGAACUCUGAAACACCUAUCUGUUCUCUAUCUAUGGGGUAACAAACUCUCUGGCUUGAUACCUCUAGAGAUUGGAUCACUACAGUCUCUCAGUUUCCUUGACUUGUCGGGCAAUGAUUUAAGUGGUAGGAUCCCUUCUUCUAUUGGAAAUCUGAGAAACUUAUCCACUCUUGAUCUCUCGGAGAAUAAUUUAUCUGGAUCUGUUCCUCGGGAAAUAGGACAACUUGAAUCCCUUGUUAAAUUGAUUUUGUCCCAUAAUAAUCUCAAUGGUUCUCUGCCCCCCGAGAUGAAUAAUCUCACACAUUUGAUGAAUUUGCAAUUGUGUUCAAACAAUUUCACUGGCCAUUUACCACGAGACGUGUGCCUUGGUGGGUUACUUGUAAAUUUUUCAGCCGGCUACAAUCAUUUUUCUGGUCCUAUCCCUAAAAGCUUGCGAGAUUGUCCUCGUCUAUUUAGAGUUAGGCUUGAAUGGAACCAAUUGACGGGGAAUAUUUCUGAAGAUUUUGGCCUCUACCCAAACUUGAACUAUGUGGACCUAAGUCACAAUGAUUUGUAUGGUGAGCUUACGUGGAAAUGGAGAGGUUUUCACAACUUGGCGAGCCUAAAAUUGUCAAACAAUAAUAUCACCGGUGAGAUACCAUCAGAGUUUGGAAAGGCUACUAGGCUACAAAUGAUUGAUCUCUCGUCAAAUCUCCUAAAGGGGACAAUUCCAAAAGAAUUGGGGCAGUUGAAGGCAUUGUACAACCUUACUCUUCAUAACAACCAUCUUUCUGGUGUCGUUCCCUUUGAAAUCCAAAUGCUAUCUCAACUUCGUGCCCUUAUUUUAGCUUCUAAUAAUCUUGGUGGAUCAAUCCCAAGACAACUGGGAGAGUGCUCAAAUUUAUUACAGUUGAACUUGAGUAUUAAUAAGUUCAUAGGGAACAUCCCAUCUGAGAUAGGCUUCCUGCAUUUUCUUGAAGAUCUAGAUCUUAGUGGGAAUCUACUGGUUGGAGAGAUACCAUCAGAAAUUGGGCAAUUGAAACAGUUAGAAACGAUGAACCUCUCUCACAACAAACUUUCCGGUUUGAUUCCAACUGCUUUUGUAGAUUUGAUGAGCUUGACAGUUAUAGACAUCUCCUACAAUCAACUAGAGGGCCCUAUCCCCAAAAUCAAAGGCUUCAUUGAAGCUCCAUUUGAAGCUUUUAUGAAUAAUAGUGGCCUCUGUGGAAAUGCCAGUGUUCUGAAGCCUUGUACACUUCUUACAAGCAGGAGAAAGAGCAACAAAAUUGUCAUUUUGAUUCUUUUUCCUCUCCUGGGCAGUCUACUUCUCCUACUUAUCAUGGUUGGGUGUUUAUACUUUCACCACCGAACAAGUAGAGAAAGACUUUCCUGUUUAGGAGAGCGACAAAGUCCACACAAUUUUGUAGUAUGGGGCCAUGAGGAAGAGAUCCUACAUGAAACUAUCAUCCAGGCCACUAAUAAUUUCAACUUCAAUAACUGCAUUGGGAAAGGGGGAUACGGAAUUGUUUAUCAAGCCAUGUUGCCAACAGGUCAGGUGGUUGCCGUGAAGAAACUUCACCCAUCAAGAGAGGGCGAGCUUAUGAAUUUGAGAACUUUUAGAAAUGAGAUUCGCAUGUUAAUAGAUAUUCGACAUCGGAAUAUUGUGAAGUUAUAUGGAUUUUGUUCAUUAGUUGAGCACUCUUUUUUAGUUUACGAGUUCAUAGAAAGGGGAAGUUUGAAGAUGAAUUUAUCUAGCGAAGAACAGGCAAUGGGCUUGGAUUGGAAUAGAAGGCUUAAUGUUGUUAAAGGAGUGGCCAACGCAUUAUCCUAUUUGCACCAUGAUUGCUCGCCUCCAAUCAUUCAUCGAGACAUUUCCAGCAGCAAUGUUCUUUUAGAUUUGGAAUACGAGGCUCAUGUUUCGGAUUUUGGGACAGCUCGGCUCUUGAUGCCUGACUCAACCAACUGGACCUCAUUUGCUGGCACCUUCGGAUACACAGCUCCAGAGCUAGCUUACACAAUGAGAGUGAACGAGAAAUGCGAUGUCUACAGCUUUGGAGUGGUCACAAUGGAAGUAAUAAUGGGAAUGCAUCCGGGUGAUCUCAUCUCAUCUCUUUCUGCAUCAGCAUUUUCCUCCUCAUCGUGCUCACAAAUCAACCAGCAGACGUUGUUGAAGGAUGUGAUAGACCAACGUAUCCCACUUCCUGAAAAUCGAGUUGCAGAAGGUGUGGUCUACAUUAUCAAAAUAGCAUUUGCAUGCUUGCUUGCCAAUCCCCAAUCUAGGCCAACCAUGCGACAAGUAGCUUCGGAGCUCAUAGCUCGAUGGCCUCCGCUGCCAAAGUCAUUCUCCGCAAUAACAUUGGAAGAUCUGAUGCCUCAAACAACUGUGACAGGCUGAGAAUUUUCCAAAA